GCACGCAGGGCGCGUGCCAAAUCUCUCCUUCCUUUCUUUCGCUGGCGCCAAAAAGCAGCCGCCGGCAGCGUCAAAAAGCAGCCGCCGGCUCGUAUUCUGGCGCCAAAAGCCAGGUUCUCGGCUGGGCGCGGAGAGACGAAGACGAUCAUCCACUGGCGCGCCGCCGUGGCCGCCGGCGAUCAUCGCUGAAGACGGCGGGUCGUCGUUACAAACGGCGAUCAACUCGGAAGACGGCGGGCUGCCGUGGCUGACGGCAUUCGAACGCCGCUGCCUCCCUCCAUUAACCCUCGCGCUCUCCAUAUUCUUGAAGGUAAAACACAAUUCACGAUCUUGUUUGCCGUCGGCCACAGUCCACCUUCACCCUCAUCUUCUUAUCUUUUCUACAUCACUCUGAAGUCUGUUUAAUCGCUGCUGAUUUUGUGCAAUCCACCCAAGUGAGCUUCUGUAGCAUGGAGAACCAACAAAUCAACGAGGAAAACCAGACCUCUGCUUCAAUUGGAAAUGAUGUACCAAGCUGGAUACCACAAAUUGGCAUGAAGUUUAGCAGUUUGGAUGAGGCUUGGAUUUUUUGGGAGCAUUAUGGUGGCAGAGUUGGGUUUGGUGUUAGGAAAAGGUACUCAAAUCCGAGCAAAUUUGACGGAACAAUUACUUCAUGCAGAUUUGUGUGUCGUAAAGAGGGUCGUCGAGGAAAAGACAAAAGAGAUAAGCAUAUUAAGCAACCUCGAGCAGAAAUUAGGACUGGUUGCCAAGCUCGUAUGGGUCUCACAAUAGAUCGGGAAAAUGGUAAAUUACGAAGUUUUUGAUCUUGUUCUUGAACACAAUCACAUGUUGCAGUUGCAAGAAACAUGCCACCUCAUGCCCUCACAGCGGAAGAUAACUGAAAUUCAAGCGUUUGAGAUUGAAAUUGCCGAUGAUUCGGGUAUUGGACCAAAAGCUGCACAUGAAUCAGCUUGCCGGCGAGUUGGCGGAUCAUCCAUCCUUGGCUACAUUCAACGGGAUCACAAAAAUUACUUGCGUACUAAGCGCCAAAGGGAACUAAAAUAUGGUGAAGCAGGAAGUAUCUUGAAAUAUUUCCAGGAUAAAAUCCGAGAAAAUCCAUCAUUUCAAUAUGAGAUACAACAUGAUUGUGAAGAACAGAUCACAAAUAUAUUCUGGGCUGAUGCAAGAAUGAUAAUUGACUAUGCUCAUUUCGGUGACGUUGUAACUUUUGACACCACAUUUGGAACAAACAAGGAGCAUCAGCCGUUUGGCGUAUUUGUUGGGUUCAAUCAUUUCAGAGAAACUGUUAUUUUUUUGGUGCUUGUCUUCUGUACGAUGAAACAUUUGAAUCUUUUAGAUGGCUUUUUGAAACUUUUCUGUCAAUACACAAUCAGAAGCAGCCCAAGACCAUAUAUACCGAUCAAGACAUUGCAAUGGGAAAUGCAGUGGAGAGUGUGUUUUCAGCAACACGACAUGGGCUAUGCACUUUUCACAUAAUGCAAAAUGCCGUUAAACAUUUAUCUUGUCGCAAGGACAAGGACAAGGACAAGGACAAAGAAAAUGAAGAGGACAAGGAAAAGGAAGAAUCAAAUAUUCUUGCAGACUUUAGUGCUUGCAUGUUCGAGUACGAAGAGCUGGAAAAUUUUGAGGAAGCUUUUCACACCAUGAGAACUAAAGUAGAGAAACAAACUUGGUUUGAUAGCAUUUAUAAGGUAAAAGAGAAGUGGGUUGUAUGUUAUAUGAAGGAUGCAUUCACCUUGGGGAUGCGAAGUACACAACUAAGUGAAAGUUUGAACAAUGACCUCAAGCACCAUUUGAAAUCAGAUCUUGAUGUGAUCCGUUUUUUCAAGCAUUUUGAAAGGGUUGUGCAAGGGAAACGAGACAUUGAGUUGAGUUCGGAGUAUGAGUCAAGGGAGCUAGUACCUAGGGUCAAAAUGAGAACACCCAUGCUGGUCCAAGCAAGCCAAGUUUACACUCCGGUCAUAUUCGAAUGUUUCCAAAAAGAAUAUGAGAGAUCCAUUGCAGCCUGCACUAAACAAUUGAAUGUGGAGUAUGAAUUUGCAGUAACUAUUAGUACUCCUUUUGAAGCGCCAACCUUUGAAAAGGAAUGCAAAGUCAUUGCUAAUCCAUUGGAGCAAACAACUUUUUGUAGUUGUGGACAAUUUGAGAGAAUAGGGAUAUUAUAUGCGCAUGCUCUCCGAAUUCUUGAUUUGAUGAACAUUAAGUUACUACCAGCGCAUUAUAUUUUGAAGCGAUGGACUCGAGAAGCACGGUCUGGAACUGUUCAAGAUAGAAGUGGACGAAAUGUUGUUGAGAAUCCAAUGUUGGCUGCUGUUCUUCGCUACAAAUAUCUCUCGCACAAGUUCGUAAAUUUGGCCACUCCAGCGUCUAGAUCUGAAGAAUGUUGUGUUUUACUAGAUGAUGCGCUCGAUAGUGUUGGUAAGGUUAUUGCUGCCAAGCUGCAACUUGGAAAUGAAAGUAACCCCGAUAAGGGAUGUGAUACACAAGUAAUAGCAGAAAAAUCUAAUGAAAAUUUAGCCGCUGCGCGCCUAAAGAAAAAAUCUCCUCGGAAGAAAACAAAAAAGAGAAAAUUAAGUUGGCUUGACAAAUUCCACAAGGGGAAGAAGAAGAAAGAACUAGCUGAAGUUGUGAAAGCACAAGAGUUAACUAAGCAACAAGAAAGUGGGAGCACAAAUACACAAAAUCAGAAUAAUAAUUCCCAAGGUUCUGGGUUCCGAAGCUUCACCGAUCUAUUGACGGCUUCUAGUAUUGAAGACAUUGGUGCCGAAUAUAUCUUUUGAUCAUGCAAAGAUUUUAAGACGAAGUUUUAAGAAGUGUUUGGUGUGGCUCCAGGAUUUGUGUGUUUAGAAAUUUAGAAAUCCUCUAAAACAAGCAUUUGCAAUUUGGCCUUUUGGGACAUGGCGUAGUAAUCCGUCUGUGACUCUGUGAUGCUCCAGUGCUAAAUUUGCAUCAACACUUUGACGUUUCUUGAUUGAAAAUUGUAUCUCUGACUGUGUGUUGAUUAAGGAAUGAGAUGAUCGUUUAGUAGCAGCCAAGGUGGCUUUGUUUUGUACUUCCUGGUUCUCUUUGUGUGUGUUUCAGGCUUGCUCAUAGUCUGAACUUUAGGCCGGCGUUCUGCUUGAGGUCGUCAGUUUUGCUCCCUUGCCGUCGAGAGGGACGAGACGGUGACAAGUCUGACGGCGGCGGCAGUGCGUCGUCGGACAGCCACGGCGUCGCCGGACGGCCGCAGCGUCGCCGGACGGCGACUAUGCUUUGUUUUUCCUUUCUGCGUUAGCUCUGUUGCUCGGAAAUACUCACAGAGUAGAAGGGAAGAGAGACUUGGCGCGCGCCCU